AUGAGAGAGGUUAUCAGCAUCCACGUCGGCCAAGCCGGUAUCCAAAUCGGUAACGCCUGCUGGGAGCUCUUCUGCCUGGAGCAUGGCAUUCAGCCGGAUGGGCAGAUGCCCUCUGACAAGACCAUCGGUGGUGGUGACGACGCCUUCAACACCUUCUUCUCCGAGACUGGCGCUGGCAAGCAUGUGCCCCGCUGCGUCUUCUUGGAUUUGGAGCCCACUGUCGUGGACGAGGUCCGCACCGGCACUUACCGCCAUCUGUUCCAUCCGGAGCAGCUCAUUAGCGGCAAGGAAGAUGCGGCGAACAACUUCGCUCGUGGUCACUACACCAUCGGCAAGGAGAUCGUCGACUUGUCUCUUGACCGUAUUCGCAAGUUGGCGGACAACUGCACAGGUCUUCAGGGUUUCCUGAUGUUCAACGCCGUCGGUGGUGGUACCGGUUCCGGUCUCGGGUGCCUCCUCCUCGAGCGCCUGUCUGUUGACUACGGCAAGAAGUCGAAGCUGAACUUCUGCUCGUGGCCCUCGCCCCAGGUCUCCACGGCAGUUGUCGAGCCGUACAACUCCGUCCUUUCCACCCACUCCCUUUUGGAGCACACCGACGUCGCCGUCAUGCUUGACAACGAGGCCAUCUACGACAUCUGCCGCCGCAACCUCGACAUCGAGCGCCCGACCUACACCAACCUGAACAGACUGAUUGCGCAGGUCAUUUCCUCUUUGACUGCGUCUCUCCGUUUCGACGGCGCGCUCAACGUCGACGUUACUGAGUUCCAGACGAACUUGGUCCCCUACCCGCGCAUCCACUUCAUGCUUUCUUCCUAUGCGCCCAUCAUCAGCGCAGAGAAGGCGUACCACGAGCAACUGUCUGUUGCCGAGAUCACCAACUCGGCAUUCGAGCCCGCAAGCAUGAUGGCGAAGUGCGAUCCGCGCCACGGAAAGUACAUGGCCUGCUGCCUGAUGUACCGUGGUGAUGUCGUCCCCAAGGAUGUGAACGCAGCCGUCGCUACCAUCAAGACGAAGAGAACUAUCCAGUUCGUGGACUGGUGCCCCACCGGUUUCAAGUGUGGUAUCAACUACCAGCCCCCCACUGUGGUCCCUGGCGGUGAUCUCGCAAAGGUCAUGCGCGCUGUGUGCAUGAUCAGCAACAGCACUGCCAUCGCGGAAGUUUUCAGCCGCAUGGACCACAAGUUCGAUCUUAUGUAUGCCAAGAGGGCCUUCGUCCACUGGUACGUCGGUGAGGGUAUGGAAGAAGGUGAAUUCUCUGAGGCUCGUGAGGAUCUGGCUGCUCUCGAGAAGGACUACGAAGAAGUCGGCAUCGAGACCGCCGAGGGCGAAGGUGAAGAGGAAGGCUAUGGUGAUGAGUACUAA